CUGUCAUUUCAAGGAGUCGGAGAGAGUUUCAGGGAAGAUUCAGGGGUCACGUGGACGAACAGAAGCCUCAUCGAGGACGUCAUUUUAAAGUUGACAUCACAACAGUGACAAAAUGCUCUAAGAAAUCUACUUGAAAGAGAGAAAAGACCAGCAUUUUCAGACAAAGCACAUUUCUCUACUCAAACAGACAGACAGUGAUAGUGUCAUGGAUAUUUUUGGAGGUGCUCCUCGUGUUCUGGGCUACCCUCGACCUGUGCUGGCACAGUGUGGCACAGACGCCACUCUGCGGUGCCAGAUCGGAGGCGACCCUCGACCUGACGUGAUCUGGGAGCGUAAGAAUGUUCAGAUCGUGUCUGAGGGGCGAUACAGGCUGUCAGAGGAGGGCAAAGCGUAUCUGCUGACCAUUACUGACGUCACGCCGCAGGACGCCGGUCAGUACAUGUGCAAGGCUCGGAACAGCGUGGGUGAGACGUACGCGGCGGCCUCGCUCAAAGUCGACGGAGAGGCACGGGCGCAGGAAGUGGGGCAACAAGUGAGAGAAAAUGGACACAUGAACGGCUACUGCAAACAGCAAAACAGUGACUGUAGGAGAGAAAAUGGAGGAGAGGUAAUCGUAGAAGACAAAUGGAAAGGAAAGUUGAGCGAAAAAAGAGAAGAAACCAGUUUAAUAUCUGAUGAUAAGCCGCGGUUCCUCAUCAAGCCGCUCUCUCUGCGCGUGGACCGAGGGGAAGAUGCCGCGUUCUCUUGCAAGAUCUGGGGUCACCCACUACCCGAGGUGGCGUGGGAGAAAGACGGGAAGAAGCUGAACGACAUCUUUGAGAGUUCGCACUUCAGCGUGAGCUAUCAAGACGGUGGCUGGUUCCAGCUCAAGAUCUAUAGGACACGCAUGCCCGACAAAGGCGUCUACACCUGCAAGGCCGUCAGCUGCCACGGCGAGGCCUUGGCCGGUGCCGUCCUGCUGGUGGAGCCUGUUCCAGAGAGAGAGGACAACAGAAAGUCCUCCAGUGGUCACAACAACAGCCAGUGGUCACCGAAACACAGAGGCGUUCGAGCGUUGAGGGUCAAAGACGACCCGUCCGUCAACUCAUCCGCGGUGAAGAAGUUUGCAGUGGCAGAAGGGAAGCACGCCAAGUUCCGCUGCUUUGUCACGGGGAAGCCGAAACCUGAGAUCAUCUGGAAGAGAAACGGGGUUCCCCUGGAGGCCGGGAGGCGUCACCUGAUCUUUGAGGACAGGGAGGGCUACUACACGCUCAAGGUCCUGUACUGCAAAGAGAAUGAUACAGGACUGUAUGUUUGCGCGGCUUCAAACACUCUGGGAAACACACUCAGUGCCGUUCACCUGUCCGUCAAAGGUCCAGCUGUUCGGUUCAGGCAUUCAUUGAAAGACGUGGAAGUGAGGGAGCGUGAUGUGGCGGUGCUGGAGUGCGAGGUGCCCGAUGACUCGAUUCCUGCCGCCUGGUACUUGGAAGACCAGAGGCUGAUACCCAGCAGUAAAUAUGGAAUGGAGCAGAAAGGAACCAGACGGAGACUCACCAUCCGCGACGUCGAGACAGACGAUGACGGAGUGUAUCUGUGCGAGAUGCCAGACGGCGGGAAGAGUAUCGCGGAGCUUUCAGUUAAAGGUACAAUCAUUCGCAAACUUCCUCGGAAGCUGGAGGUCCUGGAGGGCGAGAAUGCGGUGUUCUGUGUGGAGGUGGAGGAUGACGACAUGGACGUCCACUGGUUCAAAGACGGUCUGAAGAUCCUGGAGACACACCAGACUAUCCUCAAGUCUUUCGGCAAAACUCACAUACUGGUCUUUGUCAACGUGGCCCAUCAGGACUCGGGUGUUGUGACCUUUGUCGCGGGGAGGUCCAAGACCUCGUCACGUCUCAAGGUCAAAGCAUCGAGACAUUGUCCCCCCAUCUGUCCCGUUGGUGUGAAGAUGGAUGCCGACCGACCCAACAGCGCCCUCCUCACCUGGGUUCCUGCCCCGAACAGCCAGACAUCCACCCGCUCCAUGUUUGUGCUGGAGAGACAGGAAGUGGGCUCGCAGGAGUGGCAGAAGUGUCUGACGUCAGAGAGCGCCACCUCGGCUGAGGUGUCCAGUGACAGCGUGCCGUGUGAAGGCGACUACCGCUUCAGAGUGUGUUGCAUCAACAAGUACGGGCGGAGUGGUCACGUGGAGUUUCCCAAAGCAGUUCAUCUGGUUCCUGGCCCCAAAAUUCGCACUCACCUCCAAAGCUGUGAGGUCAUGGAGGGAGAAGAUGCUGGCUUCUCCAUCGAGCUGUCGGCCUCCAUGGUCGGGACCUGGUUUCUGAACAGCGCUCAGCUGCAGCACGGCGGGCAAUACUCGAUACAACAAUGUCAAACACAGCACUCGCUGCUCAUACGGGACGCUCGCACCACAGAGGACACGGCGGAGGUCACGUUCAUCGCCAACGGAGUCCGAGAUUCAGCUGUGCUCAAAGUUAAACCUGCUGUGUUGAAGUUCAGCCCUCUGUCAGAGGCAGACACAGAGAAGAAGGUGGAGACGGGCGACGCCAUCGUCCUCUACUGUGAAGUCUCACAUCCCUUCGCUAAAGUGACCUGGUACAAAGACGGCGAGGAGCUGCAGGCUACCGACGGCCUCAACAUCCAAUCAGACGGAAACAUGAGGAGGAUCGUGAUCCAGUCGGCUGACGCGUGUCACUCUGGUGGUUACAUGUGUGAAACCUCAGAGGACGUCGUCAAAUUCAACGUGGAUGUUGCAGGUCCUCCAGUGAAGUUCAGUCCAGUCCAUGAAGACGAGCUCCACAAAAGCAGCAUGGAGUUGGACCCUGUGGUGUUGCUCUGUCACGUCUCCAGAGACGACGCUGAAGUCACUUGGUAUAAAGACGGUUCUGAGAUCCAGCCCAGUGACAACAUCACUGUGCAGACAGAGGGAACAGUGAGGAGACUCAUCAUCCGCUCUGCAGACACGUCAGACGCUGGCAGCUACACCUGCCGCGCAGGAAACAACAGCGUGGACUUCACUGUCAACGUCCGCGAGCCUCCGGUGAUGAUUGUGGAGCCUCAGGAUGACGUCGUGAUGGAGAGGUGCAUCUCAGAGGAGAUACAUUUGCAGUGUGAACUGUCCCGCUCCACUGGGAAGGUGCAGUGGUACAAAGAUGGUCAGGAGGUGGAGGAGAGCGACAACAACAUCCGGUUGUUUUCUGAAGGUCCUUACAGGAGGCUGAACAUCCUCUGUGGAUCAGCGGAGGACAGUGGAGAGUACGUUUGCAAAACAGAUGGAGAUUCUGUGUUCUUCCAGCUCACUGUCACAGAGGCACCAGUUCGGAUCGUUUCCCCAAGUGAAUCAGAGGUGGAACUGAACCAUUUGUCCUCAGAGCGGCUGAUGCUCAGCUGUGAGAUCUCUCAGCCUGACGCUCCAGUUCUGUGGUACAAAGACGGCCUCGAGGUGGAAGAGGGCGCCAAUUUAACCCUCGAGGUGGAGGGAGCCCAACGCCGAUUAGUUAUACCGGUGUCCACUGUGGACGACACGGGAGAGUACAUAUGUGACACUGAGGACGACUCUGUGGCGUUCCUGGUGACAGUUACAGAGCCACCGGUGGCGCUAACGCGUCCCAAAGACACGCCUGACAAACUGCAGAGUAUCGCUGGACAACCGAUCGUAAUGGAGAUCCAAGUGUCUCGGCCGAGCGCACAAGUCAAGUGGAGGCUAAGCGGCGAAGAAAUCGAGGAGAGCAGUAACAUCACCAUCACAGAGGACGGACUCACCCGUCGACUGACCAUCCACGAUCCUGCCCCAAAGGACUCUGGACAAUACACCUGUGAUGCUGCUGAUGAUAGAGUUGAUUUCCAGGUGAAAGUUUUAGAGCUUCCAGUGAAGAUCUUGAGAAAGUCAGAGAUCAAGACGAAUCUCAAAUCCCUCAUUUCUGACGACAUCGUGCUGGAAUGUGAACUCUCCAGAGCCCACGCUGUUGCAAAGUGGUACAGAGACGGUCGCCGCAUCGAGGGCGACGAGAGGUUCUGUGAAGAAGAGGAAGGAGCUUUCCGUUCACUGGUUAUUCUGAGCGCUGAACAUGGAGACUCAGGAGAAUAUUUCCUGGAUGUAGGAGAUGACAGCAUUAGCUUCCAGGUUACAGUAGAAGAGCCUCCAGUGACCAUUGUGGGAAAUUCAAAUGACCCUGACCAGCAGGAGAUGGUGGCAGGUGAAGACCUCAUCCUGGCCUGUGAGGUGUCGCGUGCCAACGCGCCCGUCCAGUGGUACUGCAACAACACACCGCUCACCAGUGACGCCCGUACCUACAUCGAGAGCUACGGCACGCUGAGGAAAAUCAUCAUCUCAAAUGUCCGGCCCUCAGAUUCUGGGAAGUACGUGUGUGACGCUGUGGACGACAAGAUGAUUAGUGUUAUCAGGAUUCAAGUGCCUCGAGUGGUGGAGUUCCUCACUGAGCUCUACAAUGCCAACGUGCUUGAAGGAGAAGACGCCACGUUCAAGUGUGUGGUGUCACCUGAGGACGUGCAGCUGGUCUGGCUCAUGGACAACGAAGCGAUCGUUCUGGGCGAUCGUUUUCAGGCGACACAGAACGGGCUUUGCCACAUGUUGGUGAUUAAGAAGUGCCAAUUGUUGGACAAUUCCAGAAUUUCAGCAGAGGUGGAGGGGACAGUGAGCAAAGCCAGCCUCAAAGUUCAGGAGGCUCAGGUCAUGUUCACGAGGAAAACGGACGCCGUCAUGGCAGAAGAGUUCUGCGACGCCACCCUGGAAACAGAGAUCAGUCUGGAGAGCGGCGAGGUCCAGUGGAUGAGGCAGGGUGUGGUCAUCCAGCCCGGUCCUCGACAUACGCUGGCACAGAACGGCCGUAAACGCAGUCUGACCAUCCACAGCCUGACUCUGUCUGACCGGGGAACCUACCGCUGUGAGACUCUGCACGACCGCACACAGGUCAAGCUCAAUGUCGAACCUCGUAAAAUCUCAAUUCGUAAAGGUCUAACUGACCAAGAAACCUUUGAGCGGGAGACUGCUUCCUUCGAGGUGGAGCUCUCCCACGCAGACGUGGAGGGGAUUUGGCAAAAGGACGGCAUUCGCGUGAAACCAAACAACCGGUGGCGGGUGAGCACCAACGGUCUAGUCCACGGCCUCACGCUGUCUGGCCUCACACUGGAGGACACGGGAACCAUCAUCUUCUCUGCUGAAGGGGCCCGCAACACUGCCAGGCUCACGGUCAAAGAGACACCAGUGUCUGUGGUGAAAGUUCUGGCUGACGUGCGUGUGGAGGAGGAACUUCCUGCCACUCUGGAGUGUGAAUUGUCACGGCCAAACAUAGAUGUCACGUGGCUAAAGAACGGCACCGAGCUGAAGCCAGGGAAGAACUGCCGCAUCUACUCCAUGGGUCGGAAGCGGUUCUGUCAGAUCAUGCAGUGUUCCCGUGGCGACUCUGGCACCUACACAUGUGACACGGGGGAAGUCAACACUUCCUGUUCACUGGAGGUUUACGAGCAUGCAUUAAAGAUCCUUCAAGAUAUGGAGGAUCUUUACAUUCAGGAGGACCAGAACGCCGUCUUCAUGUGCGAGGUGUCCCUGGACGACGUGACAGCAGAGUGGUACAAGGACGGUCACAAGAUCCGACCCAGCAGCACCAUCAGGAUCCGCACUGAAGGGACCAAACACUUCCUGCUGAUGUGUAAUGUUAAAGCUGAGGACGCGGGAGAAAUACACUUUGUGGCCAGAGACGUUGAAUCUACAGCUUACCUCGAAGUGGAAGAGCUUCCGGUGUCCAUCGUCAAACCUCUGCGAGACCGAACGGCACUGGAGAAACACCGCGUGAUCCUGGAGUGCACCGUGUCGUCGCCUCGCUGCGACGUCACCUGGUACAAAGACGGGGAGGAGCUGGCUCCUUCGGAGCGCGUGGACAUGCUGGUGGACGACUGCUCGCAUAAGCUGGUGAUCCAGCAGGUGGCGGUAGAGGACGAGGGCAGCUACAGCAUCGAGGUUGGGGAGCACACGUGCCAGGCCAAGCUGAUGGUGGAAGCCCAGGCGCUCGUGAUGGUCAAAGAGCUGGAGGACGUGGAGGUGAGCGAGCAUGAGUCAGCAUGUUUCCAGUGCGAGGUGUCUCUGGAGAUAGAGAAACCUCCCGCCUGGACUUUGAAUGGAGAGACUCUUCGCUCGGGUCCAUGUGUGCGGCUGGAGAGCCACAGGGUGACUCACAAGCUCACGCUGAGAAACACGAGCGCAGACAUGAGCGGCACGGUCAGGUUCACCAUGGGCAAGGCCAAGAGCAGCGCGGCACUCAGCGUUCUGCCAGAGUAGAAGAAGAAGAAGAAGAGAGAAGACAGGAAGUGACUCUGAGAACGAAAAUGAAGAAAGUGACUGGAAAAAAAUGGAAUUGAAUGUCUCUUUGAACUUUUUUAAUUUCCUGUGAUUGGUUGAGUUACUUUAUAAAUUGAAUUCAAAGUAUGUAUUUUAAACCUGAGGGAUACUGAAUUUCUUGAGUCAAAUUAUUCCCAUUUUUUACAUUAUAGAUAAUAUUUAUUUUCCAAGUUGGAUUUGCGUCACAAUAUUGUAAUAAAAAGCCCCAACAUUUUAAUUAAAUAUACAGGCAAGUCAAAUGUUGUAAUCAUUGUGAUCAAUUCCAUUAGCACACGUGUCCACAUGUUUCCCAUGUAUUUCAUGUUUAAUAAAAACGUUUCUUUUGCCACUUAUGCUACAAUAA